UUUCGAUAAGAGAGUGAGAACAUUAUCACGAGAAGGUUGAUGAAAGGAGUGGCUGGAAGGUCGCGAAUAAGCAGCAUUUACAAACAGCAGUGGAUUAAUUAGUUUGCUUCAAGUUUGAGAAGGAGAAAGAGGCAUAUACAGUAGCUCUUCGUUUCAUUUAACUGAAAUUGGUAAGGUUUUACCAUAAUAUAUCUACUUACAAAACUGCAUGCCUUAUUACAUGGAAUCUGAUACUUCCGACCCCUCAUCACCAUUUCCAGAUGAUUGCAGAAUAGAUAGAAUUGCUAUAAAUUUGCUUCAGCAGCUGCAUUUGAAAGAAAAUAACCUUUUAAGGAAUGUUAAUAACAUCAUUAAAUAUCAACCUCUCACGGCCAAAAAUAUUUUCACGCAUAAUAUUCAUGGUUGGACCUUUGCACAUGCCUGCGUUUUACGAGGCAAUAAAGAACUAGUAGAAAAGGUCCUAGAUUCUGGAAUAAGUAUCAACAGUCAAUUAGGUGAAUCGACUGACGGAAUCCCAGGUAACUGCACGUUGUUGCAUAUAGCAGCGUAUAGAGGUGAUCCGCAAAUCGUUGAAUUUCUCGUGUCUCGUAAAGCAGAUAUAUCUGCCGAAGAUAGCUUCAAGGAUAAACCGAUCGCUUAUGCUCGACAUCACAAGCAUCACAAAGUGAUUGCAUAUCUCGAGAAAGCUUCCCAGAAACACAACUUUGAAGACAAUGUUCAGAAACGGUUCAAGUUUUUUUCAAAUCUUUCAAACAGACUCACCCGUGUUCGUUGAGAAUAUUAUGUAAUAGUCAGACAUUCGCAUAGACGCACACACUCACAUGGAUACUCAUAUACUAACAAAAACAUACACGCAUAUACAAAUUUGCUUGGACAUAAGCACAUACAUACACUUAUGCUUGAACUGCUGCACAUAUCAAAAUGUACGUAAAUAAAUGCAACAUCCAAUGGCUAUUUAGUACGACCAACCAGCUAUGUCGACAUCAUUACAAAAGUAUAAGCGCAGUAAUGGCUGUAUUGUUAAGACGCUCGCUUUACAACCACAUGGUCUCAAAUUCAUCCCCAUUGCGCCGUAACUUGGGCGAGUGUCUGCUAAUAUAGAUCCGGGCUGAGCUAUGUCAUGUGAAUGAAUUUGGCCGACGGAAACUGCAUGGAAGCCCAUCGCGUAUAUAUAUAUAUACAUACAUAUAUAUAUAUAUAUAUAUAUAUAUAUCAGGGAUGUACCGCUUGGGUAGGCAGUGCCUACCCUGAAUAAAAUAGAUCGAUAGUAAGUUUCCUUUUAUGGCAAAAUAUGCACAUAAUUCAAUAAAUCUAUGAAGGUUGUUCUGACUACUAUGCAUAAAACGCAAAAUAUUUUAUCUUUUUGUAAAUUAGGUAGGCAUAAUUCGCCCCUGCCUUUCAAUCUCAGUAUUAAAGCUACGCAUAGUACUGCUGUAAUACACAUACUGCGUUCAUUCCUACAACAACGUUUUCUUUACGCUCUAUAAAGGCACAAGUAAAUCUGUCUCCAACUCA